AUAGGGAGAGGACCACAUCCCGAAACGCAGUGAGCUGCCUUAAACAGACUAACAUUAUCAAUAUCGCUUGGUAUUUAGAUGAAAGAGAGGAACAACGCAGAGGAACGUUUAGAACUUGUUUUGUUACCUCAAUUGGAAAAUCCGAGUCUGUAAUCCGGAGGACAGAGGUUUCUGAUAGGCUCUAGUCCAGACAUCGCCAGAGAAAGUGUAAAAGACGAACGGGGCUUCAUCGCCAGGAUUUAAUAGCACCUAUUAAUUUAUUUCCGACAACUGCAUUUGUUUCAAAACCAAGCUUUGGAAUCUGUACGGUUACUCGGUGCCAUAGACUACGUUUAAACAUUUUGUCUACUGGACAAAUCCAGGUUGAUUAGACUAAAUAGGCGAAAUACUUUGCCUAUAGCCUAUGCUAUAUCAAUUAUUUUGGAUUGACAAUUCCGUUUUGUGACAAGUCUUUUUGGAGAUAUUAUCCGGGAAACGAGGAGAAGAAAGAACACGAAAGCGGAUCAUUUUGACAGGUUACUUUGUUUCGGAGGGCGAAAGGUUGAGUAUGCUAUACGUUAGGUGAAACCACCGUUUAACGGGAGAGAUUGACACGCAACGCUCCUGGAUUUGCCGACCUGUUAUUUGUCGAGGUUUUAAUACACCAUCGUUAAACCCAGGAAACGAAACGCAUCAUUUACAACAGUACUGUGCCUUGACAGAAAGAGCAAUUAUCUUAACUAUUGGGUUUUCCAGUUUGGAAUCAGAUUCACUGUCCGAAUGUUCAUGGCACUGAAAAGGGGAGAAUAAACUGUAUUGCUGAUCAACGACGAGUGGUUUUGUGGUUUUGGAGAGUGGGAUGAAACGUUUUUGAAUUCUCUCUGGACGCAACGCUCUGAAGCAGACUGCUCAGCGCCAGGUAACCUGCAUGGGAUUCUAGUCUGCAAUACGAAACAAUUUAUGUGAUUUUACCCACACACCGCUACUGGGCCUGAGUGCAGUCAGAAGCACCUGAAACUCCGAUACGGUCAACAUUUUAGGACACCCUCCACCUCUCCUCUCCUGAAUGACUCCAGCAGAUGUGUCUGGACCAGGGUUCCAUUAGCAGGUUGGCCUUGGCAGUCCACCGGCUGUAGUUGUCUGCCCGCCCCCCCGCCAUGCUGGCCUGCCUGCAGAGGAGGCAGAACCCUCCCAUCCCAUCCUCCCAGCACCCCCUGUGUGCCAGCAAGGCCCUGGAGCCGCCUCAAGCCCUCAGCCGAAAAUGUGAGAUGGUGGUUCCCAUACAUUCUCCCCGCUACCCCAGCGUGGCUGAGCUGGAUGCCUACGCCCAGAAGACGCAGAGCAGCCCGCUCUCCAUCAAGAUCUUCCCCACCAAUAUCAGGGUCCCCCAGCACAAGCACCUUAACCGGACUGUGAACGGCUUUGACACCACAGGUAGCCAGCGCUACAGCCCCUACCCACAACUCCACACCGGAGGCUACACAGGCCUCCUGGCCAUUGUCAAGGCCUCUUCCUCCUCCUCUUCCUCCCACUUCGCCCCCACUAAGGGCGUCCUCAAGAACUCGGAAGGCAGGCGGACUAAGCUCUCCCCAGCCCAAAUAGCUGUCGCACCGUACCCGCCCCCUAGCAGUAGUACUUUAGCCAAUGGCCACUGCCGGAUGGUGUACCACACUGGACCCUCGAAGCCCCCCGAGGCCCCUGGGCUCUCCCUCUCGGUGCCCCCUAACGUCACUGUGGCCGGCUCUGUGAUCCCUGUGACAGGGGGACGAGGCCUGGCCCAGCUACCCCCCCAGUCCAACCUCCCCUCCAUCCAGAGCAUCAUCUAUCAAAUCAACCAGCACUGCCAGGCCCAGGCUCUGCAGCAGGUGUGCCAGGGUGCAACCUCCUCCACCGCACCCUCCACCAACCCCAGCCCCUCCAAGCAGUGUGCGGGGGGUGUCAUGGGGGUAUCCUCCUGCUCCUCGGGAGGCGGCUAUGUGGGCGGCAUGGCGCCCCAACCUAACCUGGUGUACACAGGGGCGGGGCUACCGCUGGCGGCGCACAGUGGCGAGGCCAUGAAGGCCGGGGUGUACUCGGACAGUAUGGACUACAUCCUGUGGCAGAAACAGCAACAGCAGCAGCAGGCUGUGCUUCGCAUGUACAGUGGGGGCAGCGGGGGAGGAGGGGCCAUCAGUAAGUCCCCUGAAAGCUGUGGUGCCCCGAGGGGAGCAGGGAUCAUGGCCCAAGUGUCAUCCUCCUCCACCUCCAGACCCUACCACCUGACGGGGGGCGGUGGCAGUGGAGGGGGCGGGGGGUGCCUGGACAAGGUCAGCUCCUCCCCUCUGAACUGCAUGGGGAUGCAUGGCAACUUCUCAGUGGGCCAGUACUUUGCACCGCCCUGGAACAGCGUGCUGGUCACCCCCGACAGUGACUGUUACAACCCACACCAGGAGCUCCUGGGCACCAAAACCCGAGGGCCAGCCACGGGGGGGCACAGGGAGAUGGGAUACCCCCACCACCAUCAUCCCCACCAUCACCACCACCACCACCAUCACCACCACCCCUCCGCCAUAGACAGCGGGAGCGGGGGAGGCAUGUGCUGCAGCCUGCCCAGUAAGAGCCAGCUGUGCAACACGUCGGUGCUGAGCAGCAGCCUGCAGUCUCUGGAGUACCUGAUCAACGACGUCCACCCGCCCUGCAUCAAAGAGCAGAUGCUGGGCAAAGGCUACGAGACUGUGUCGGUGCCACGGCUGUUGGACCACCAGCACGCACACAUCCGCCUCCCGAUUUACAGAUAGAGCGGGGGGGAACAAGAAUUAAUGAAUGAUGCGAAAUCUGUAUCAAAAGCUUAGGGACAGAGGAGAAGACCUUGAUUUCCUGGGGAUGUAUAGACUGGCACUGCUUGAAGCAGCUCGGGAGCUCCAGGGAGGGAAGCGAUGGUGUUAGAGUGGAUCUUGUAUUGGGUGACGGGCUGGGGGGUUUCUCCCUCCCAGCCCAGAGUGGUUAUUAAUCAGUCAGGGAGAAAAGGGAUUUCAGUGGUUUUGGGUGCCCGGACAGAAGAUUUGCCAGAUGUUCAAUGGUGUGGUUUGCCAACAGGAAUUUGGGGCUGAUUUUAUUUUCAUUUGUUCCUUUCUUGUUUUGUUGUUGAUGUUGUUGUUUUGAGUUGAUUAAACUUUUUGGUGAGAAUCAUAGCUUGAUAUGAAGUGCAUACAGCCACCUCUGUUGUUCCCCCAUCCAAAUACAAGCAACGGGGGUGCUAUAGUCACAGAGAAGGUCCCAAAGGGCCAAAGUGUAGGGCUGAUUUCUAAAUUCCUAAAGAAAUACAUCAUACGCACACACAUUUUCAUACAUUUACAUGCACACGCUCAAAAACUCAUACACACAUACACAAACACAGACGUGUACACACAAACGUCACAAUGUUGAAUGAAAAAUAUAUGACAAUAUUAGUAAUUAUUGUUGUUAUAAUUGAUACCAUAAAUUGCACUGCUUGGAGUUUAAAAACCUUGUUAACUUUGGAGUUUGGAAUUGGGUAGUUUGGAUAUGAUAUAUUUAAGAAACUUGAAAACGUGAACCUAUUUUUGUUGUUUUCUAUAUUUGUAGGUAUAUUAUAUGCAUAGGCUGCUAUGGAGGAAAACUGUCUCAUUUUGGGUUGAUUGAUUUAUUUUGUUAUUCCACCUCAAGCUGACAGUUUCUGAUGUCCUGGUGUAAGGCAUAGUCGCUGCUCUGGUUCUGUAACCUAACCAGAGAGCUCUCUUCUCUAAACAACACUGGAAUCUACAGUACAUCUUGAAAACACUUACUAAAAAGAAAAUGUUGCAACAAAAAAAAGAUGAUUUUUUUUUUCACUAUUGAAGAUUGUUACUGUAUGAUUGGGAGAUUUUCCACCAUGACCUGUGUGUUUUAGUUAUACUUCUUUUAAUAUAUUUAUUUUAAUAUACACUACCGGUCAAAAGUUUUAGAACACCUACU